UCACAGGUCAAGACAAGAGAAAUGUCUGAAAGCAUAUUAGUGGGGCAACUCAGUGAAAUCAUCAGAGUUGGUGGAAGAAAGCGGCUUACUGUUCGAGGCCGUGAUAUAUUUAUCAUAGCCCGUGGCUCUGAGCUGUUUGCGCUUGAUAGCUUUUGUUACCAUGCUGGUGGUCCUCUGCACAUGGGAGACAUUGAGGAAAUGCCAGGAUAUACCUGUGUUGUCUGUCCAUGGCACCGAUACAAGAUUACACUACGCUCUGGGGAAGGGCUCUACCAUUCCAUUGAUCCCCACAACCUGUCCAAGCCUCCCGUGCUGUGUUCUAAAGGUGUCAAGCAGAGGACGCACCUAGUGACCUUAGAAGGGGAUGAUGUCUAUGUGACCCUGUCCACAGGUGACCCUGCUCAUACAAAAUUGGAGUCUGAUCAGUACAACUCUCCGGCCAGCUGACCACAGGAAUUAUAUCUGUAAUUUUUUUUAGAUAGCCUACUCUGUAUGAGACAAAAUGCUAUUUUUUGUGUCAUAUGUAUUUUUUAGAUUUGCUUUGGGCUUUGCUUUAAAAAUGAUUUAAGGAUUUUCAAGUUUUUACUCCUGACUACCCAGUACGAAUAUCCAAAGUUCAAGAAAGCCCCUUGAGGUAUUUGAACCGGCGUAGCGUCUUUUUUAGUCCAGUACAGUCAUCAUCAUCAUUGCCUUUCUCACCCUGCAUCAGAAUAUGGGCCACAAACACUUUUCUCCUUUCCUUAUCCUGGGCUAGCAUCUUGAUAUUAUUUCACGUCUUCCCACUUUCCAGUACAGUACCAAACAAGAUAAUCCUUCUUGAUUACUUGAUUCCAGAACUGUGAUGUUUAAUUUCCCUAUGAAAAUUACCCACCAUAAGAAAAGCUUACUUUGUGCAGACCCUUGACAGGGGGCUCUCGUGGCCUAGAGGUUAAGGUGUUAGCUUCUCAUUCAAAGGUCCCGGGUUCGAAUCGGGGU